AUGGUUAGACAAUCAUUACAUUUUUGCAUCAUUUUCUUGCUUUUGGUUAUACAGUUUGUCAAUUCAUUUCCAACAAUUUACAGAAAAAGUGAUAUCGCAGAUACGGGUGCCUUACAACUUAAUAAGUUUUAUUUAGCCAAGAGGAGAUCACAUGGUUCAUCUCAUAGUUCUUCCUCUCAUAGCUCCUCAUCCCAUAGUUCCUCAUCCCAUAGCUCUUCAUCCCAUAGUUCCUCAUCCCAUAGUUCCUCAUCCCAUAGUUCCUCAUCUCAUGGAAGUACUUCUGGUUCUUUUUCCGGCGGUAGCUCUUCUGGAUCUGGUAGUUCUAUCCGCAAACCAAAAGGAACUACAGGAGAUGAUUCUGAUUCAAGCACCACAAGUCCUAAAGGAAGUACUACUGGCACCAGUAGUGGAUGGACAAGUUCAAUUAGUUCAAACACAUAUAGUUGUGGAACCAUAGGUGGGGCUAGAAGAUGCGGUUAUGGCCCAUACUAUGCCCCAACAGCUGCUGCUGCUGCUGGGUAUGGAACUUCCAGAUUUUCCAAUUCUCUGAGUAGUGCAGCUGCUAUUCUGGUUCCUUAUGUUAAAAUUGCAGUCGCUGUCGGGUUUGCACUUUUGUAA